GGCUGUAGUGAGUCUCAGCAGCGGAGCUCGCGCAGAAGAAAUCGGCUGGUUGUUUGGAAACCACAGUAAACUUGAACAGCAGCCGUUGGACUUCUUCAAUAGCUAAUACAUCAUUCACGUUCCCAUAUAAGACAGCGAUAAAACCACGCGACUGUUUAGCAUUAGACUUGUAUACGUCUCAGAUUUGUUGUUGUUGUGGUAACUUUAACGUUAGUUGAACAUGAACGUGGCUAAAAGCGGUUAUCGCGUUUUCUCUGCCAACUCCACGCCCGCGUGCACUGAACUCUCUAAGAAGAUUACUGAGCGUCUUGGAGUUGAGUUGGGGAAAUCUGUUGUUUACCAGGAGUCAAACAGAGAAACGAGAGUUGAGAUUAAAGAGUCUGUGAGAGGACAAACAAUCUUCAUCAUCCAAACCAUUCCCAGAGAUGUUAACACUGCUAUUAUGGAGCUGCUGAUUAUGGCCUAUGCACUGAAGACCUCCUGUGCCAAGAACAUCAUCGGCGUGAUCCCGUACUUCCCCUACAGUAAACAGUGUAAGAUGAGGAAGAGAGGAUCUAUAGUGUGCAAACUGCUCGCUUCCAUGCUAGCAAGAGCAGGUCUGACUCAUAUAAUCACCAUGGAUCUGCACCAGAAAGAGAUCCAGGGCUUCUUUACUUUCCCUGUUGACAACCUGCGGGCUUCUCCAUUCCUGCUGCAGUACAUUCAGGAGGAGAUUCCUGAUUAUAGAAACGCUAUCAUUGUAGCAAAGUCCCCAUCUGCUGCAAAAAGGGCUCAGUCGUAUGCGGAGCGUCUGCGUCUUGGUCUGGCCGUCAUGCAUGGAGAAGCACAGUGUUCAGAGUCCGACAUGGCAGAUGGGCGGCAUUCUCCUCCAUGUGUCCGCAACACCUUUGGUCACUCUGGCUUGGAGUUGCCAUGCAAACAACAAGCUCCGUUCCCAGGCAUAGAGCUCCCAAUAAUGAUGGCCAAGGAGAAACCACCCAUCACUGUUGUCGGAGAUGUUGGAGGCCGCAUCGCCAUCAUUGUCGAUGACAUCAUUGAUGAUGUGGAGGACUUUGUGGCAACAGCUGAGAUUCUGAAGGAGAGAGGAGCUUAUAAGAUCUACAUCAUGGCCACCCACGGCCUCUUGUCUGCAGACGCCCCGCGCCUCAUCGAGGAGUCCGCCAUAGACGAAGUGGUGGUGACCAACACUGUCCCUCAUGAGGUGCAAAAGCUGCAGUGUCCUAAGAUCAAGACAGUGGAUGUCAGUAUGAUCCUGGCCGAGGCUAUCCGACGCAUUCACAACGGGGAGUCCAUGGCCUAUCUGUUCCGCAAUAUCACAGUAGACGACUAGCCAACAAACAGAUGGUAGACCUGGAUCACUGGCGGACGGAGAAAACAUGCACCAGCACUGCCCCCGCACGUCCCUGUACUUCCUCUGUGUGCGUUUGUCUCUGCCAUCGAGCCAUCAUUCAGUGUUCCUUUGAAGCACAGCUACACUUCUUUCUUUUUAAAGUUGUCUUCCACUUCUCUGUGUUCCUCAAUUGUACAUUGACUAGCCAUUUCCCAGUGCCUCACUCUGUGAGAGCGAGCGUGGUUGCUAUGGCAACCUUAUUCAGAGCUGUUCUAGCUAUAUUUUUGCAGUAUAGUGCAAAUAUGGUCCAACCUUACGGAGAACAUAUGGUUUUGCUACAGUGUAUUGUAUCUGCUGUUGCUUUGCAAUCUUAUUUUUGUAAAUAAACACAAGUGAUUUGCUUCAUGCUG